AUGUCCCACGAAGUGCACUCUGCUCAAUCUAACAAAAUCAGUGAAGAAGAACAAACUUCAAUUAAUCAAUUAAAAGAGAAACUUUCUGAAGUGCUUAAAGAUGCAGAGUUACCUGACGACUAUAAACUUUGGGGUAUAACCUUAUCCACCACUUCUACUGAUCAAAGACUUGAUGUAAUUCUUUAUAAAUUCUUGAAAGCAAGGCGUUUCAAUCUGGAUGAAGCAAAAGAAAUGUUGACAAACUCAUUGAAAUGGCGUAAAUCAUUUAAAACGGACACGAUUCUGGACGAGAAAUUCCCGGAAGACCCAUUUUCUAGGAUAGGUAUAAUCCACAAAACCGACAAGUUAAAUCGUCCAGUUACAUAUAAUUUUUAUGGUGGAUUGGAUAAUCAACAAGUUUUUGGCGAUUUGGAUAGGUUUUUGAGAUGGAGAAUUCAAUUGAUGGAGAAGGGAAUCCAACGUUUGGAUUUCAUAACAGUAGAUCAAAUGUUACAAGUUCAUGAUUAUGAUCAAGUUAGUUUGAGUAGUUAUAGAACUGCCAAAGUUGCUAGCAAAUCUGUUACUGAAAUAAUGCAAAACCAUUAUCCUGAAUUCUUGGCUGUAAAAUUUUUUAUUAAUGUUCCUUGGUGGGGAGAUAUGAUGUUUAAAUUUAUUUCAUAUUUUUUGUCAGAAGAAACUAAAAAAAAAUUUAUAGUGACAUCUAGUGAUGUUAAAAAUAAUUUAUUAUUAUAUAUUACCGAAGAAAAUAUUCCAAGUAAAUAUGGUGGUAAAAGCGAACUUUAA